GAAAAUAUGUUUUGAUUCUUUCGUUGAGUUGUUUUCUGUACAUUUGUUUAAUUAAUUCAGUAGUGUAACAUGGCCAGUAAAAGAGAAGAGUUAGAAAUUUAUUGGAAUAAAAUUAACUAUGCGUACCCCAUUCUCAAUGAUACGCUUUUCACCGACUGCUCAGACGCUGAAUAUGAAGACAUACAGCAGAUAAUAGUUGGUCUGGGUGUUCAAAUAAAGAUUCGGGACCUAAUUUUAGUUCACACUGAGAAAUAUUUUCGUCAACAUGUUGCUUCAUCAUUUUGGUCAAAGUUUAUAAAAACUGAUGAGGAAGUAAAAGGAUUUCAACUCUUCAAGUCUGCUGUCAACGACUUAUAUGAAGCCAUGGCGAGUUUUUCACCUAUGAUUACCAGACUAACGAUUUUAAAUAACAGUUGCUGCGAUAAUAAGCCUAUUUAUGGGGAAAGAGAUGUUAUGUCAGGCAUCAAACAACUGCUACGUGCAACUUUAUUAUCACAACUGCCACUUGAUUUCCAAGUCAUAAUUAAUCAUUUCUAUAAAGUUUCCUUUAAUGUCUUUGAUAAUGCAGAAUAUGAAAACUCGGAUAUGGGUGAGGAUGUGAUGUGUUCAGGAUGCUGGAAUGAGUAUUCAGAUUGCAACUGUUCCUACAUUGUUAAAGUGUUUCAUGACACAAAUCGAAAGCUUGUGGAACUCACACUACUUGAGAGGUUAACAGGACAAGUGCUAACUAAUUUUAUACAACAGAGAAUUGAAUUGCACAUCCAGAAACUUUGCACAGGUACAUUUGAUGUGUCUCAUAUAAGUUUUCUUGAGAACUGGUUAGACACAACUGUGAUGUCUUGGCUGACACGCAUUUAUUGUGCUGGUUCAUCAAAACCACAUCGUGUUGAUAAGGAUAUUCAAAAUGCUGUUUCUAAGUUCAAACAGAAGCUUAGUUACUCCUUGUAUCAUAUCUAUACAAAAUUACGUAUUGACCAGUUAUUCAACAUAAUAAUUGUAUAUCCUGAUUCUCAGCCAGCUGUUGAUGAUAUAAAAUUGUGCUUAGAUAAAACAGAUCUGCGUGCCACAUUGUGUAAGAAAUUACAAAAUGCUUUGGAGACAAGACUGUUGCAUCCUGGUGUGAAUACACCUGACAUUUUAACAGCUUAUAUUUCGGCAAUUAGAGCAUUGAGGCAUUUAGACCCUUCUGGAGUAAUUCUAGAAACAGUAACAAAGCCUGUUCGUAAUUAUUUGAGAAAUAGAGAGGAUACUGUGCGGAGUGUUGUCAGCAGUUUGACUGAGGAAGGUGCAGGAAGUGAACUAGCUGAAGAAUUAGCUAAAUUUGCUGCAGAGACUGAUGAUGAGCUUGAAAAGGAAGAAGAUUGGGACAAUUGGAUGCCAGACCCUAAAGAUGCAGAUCCUAAAGUAAAUGGUAAUGACAGAAAAGCAAAUGACAUCAUAUCUAUGCUUGUUAAUGUAUAUGGUAGCAAGGAAUUAUUUGUAAAUGAAUACAGGACACUUUUAGCUGACAGACUAUUAGCCCAAAGCGUUAUCAACACAGAAAAAGAAAUAAGAUACUUGGAAUUAUUGAAACUGAGGUUUGGAGAGUCACAAUUGCAUUUCUGUGAGGUAAUGUUAAAGGAUGUGUCAGACUCCAAGAGAAUUAAUGCACUUAUACAGCAAGAUAAAAACUUUGAAUCAUUAAAUAAUAAGUUCUCUUCUAAUGCAAUGAUAUUAUCAGCACAAUUUUGGCCACCAUUUAAAGAUGAAAGUUUAGAGUUGCCAGAUGAAAUCAAACAGCAUUUUGAGGCAUACACUAAAUCAUAUGAGGCACUGAAAGGAAACAGGACUUUAAAUUGGAAGCCUCAUUUAGGCAAUGUUAAUAUUGAAAUUGAAAUUGGUGAGAAAAAAUUAGACUUAACUGUGUCACCUUUUAAUGCUACUCUGAUAAUGCAUUUCCAAACUAAACCUGAAUGGUCCUUAGAAGAGCUACAUCAAAUUAUGAAGGUGCCUUUAAUUAUUUUACGUAGGAAAAUUACAUAUUGGCAAUCUUUAGGGAUUAUUUCUGAGAAGAGUACAGAUAAUUAUGUUUUAGUAGAGGGUAGCGACGGGAAUAAGUCAAGUUGCUCGACCAACCAAGUCCAAGAAAUGAUUUGUGAAGAUGAAGAAAGCGAGAGUGUCAUGGCAUCGGCGCAUGAUCAGAGAGAAGGAGAAUUACAAGUAUUUUGGUCAUACAUUGUUGGGAUGUUAACAAAUUUAGAUUCCUUACCUUUAGAGCGCAUUCAUCAGAUGCUAAAAAUGUUUGCAUCUCAAGCUCCUGGAACUGAGUGUAGUCUUCAGGAAUUGCGCCAGUUUUUAGACACUAAGGUACGCACACAUCAGCUGGUGUUACAAGCUGGAAUGUAUAAAUUACCUAAGACAUAAUAAAUUUAUAGAGUUGAA